AUUAAAAUUUAGUUGUUCAUAGUGCCUUAGUACAAAAUCAUUUUAGCGAUCUAUGAUCCUUUGAAAAGUUGUUCAUAUUUCUCAACACUAUCAUCCCUUAAAAUAUUGGUAGACAAUUUGUUAACAUGUAUUAUUAUGUUAACUUUAAUAUUAGGUACUUGACUUUAUAUUUUUUCUUUUUACUAUAUCUGUUGUUUAAUUAUAUAUUUUUUUUGUUCACAGGUUUUUGGCCACUGGUAACUCCUUUCGUUCAGUGGCAUUCAGUUAUCGUAUGGGUUUUACCACAGUGAGAAAUAUAGUCAAGGAAGUAUGCGAAGCUAUUUGGAAAAAUCUAGCACCCAUUGUAAUGCCACAACCUUCAGAAGAGAGAUGGAAAGAGAUUGCAAAAGAUUUCCAAACAUAUUGGCAUUUUCCUAAUUGUCUUGGCGCAUUGGAUGGCAAGCAUGUAAACAUAAUAUGCCCAAUAAAUGCUGGAUCAACCUAUUACAACUAUAAAAAAGAUCAUUCAAUCGUAUUGCUUGCUUUAGUUGAUGCUCAAUAUAAAUUUGUUAUGAUAGAUGUAGGGGCGUAUGGCCGUAACAGUGAUGGUGGUGUAUACGAAAAUUCCGUGAUGGGGAAAAUGUUCGAACGGAACCAACUGAAUGUUCCACAGAAUACUCCAAUAUAUCAAAAUUCUGAACCUAUGCCGUAUACUAUUGUGGCUGAUGCAGCAUUUCCUUUAAAAACGUACCUUUUAAAGCCCUACAGUAAAGCAAAGCUUGUAAACAAUGAUUCUAAUAAAGUAUUUAAUUACCGUUUAUCACGUGCUCGAAGAACUGUAGAAAAUGCUUUCGGAAUUUUAAGAGCAAGGUUUCGCAUUUUUCAAGGACCUAUGCAAGUACAACCGGAUAUGGCAGACAUAAUCGUACAAGCUGCAUGUGCCCUUCAUAACUAUUUGCGUACCGAAAAAUCGCAAGAAAUUGAAGAAAAUUAUCUAAAUUCUAAUGAAAGUCAAAGUUCUCAAGACGGUCUCGCUAAUAUUGAAAUUGUCGGAAGAAAUUACCGUCAAGACGCUAUUGCUGUUAGAGAAAAAUUUAAAGAGUACUUUGUUUCUCCAGAAGGACAAGUACCGUGGCAAAUGGAUAUGAUCAGACAAGGCAGAAUAGACUAGAGUGUGUCUCAUUCAUCAUAUCAUAAUCAUCAUCAUAAUCCCAAGAGACUCUAAACACCUAUGUACUUUAUUUUCGAAAAAAAUUCUGAAGUAGCAACAAUUAUCAUAAUAAUAUCGUCGGUACCUACUUAAAAAAAAUAAAAA